AUGGCGACCCCACCGUCUUCUUCCACAGCUCCUGCGUCGACUUCCUCUCAAUUCACAUACGCGAACGCUUCGUCGUCAUCGUCCUACUUCCCCAUGCCCUUUCACCUCCAGCAACCCCAGUAUCCCACGCCUUACGCCGCUGCAGCGCCACCAGCCCCGCCCGUCUACCCAGCCCCGGCCCCGGCGCCGACCUCUGGUGUCUACUCUCUCCCUCAGCAGUAUCAACAGGCUCAGCAGUUAUUUCAAAGGGAUGCACAGACGAUUACACCUGAAGCUCUUGAGAGUGUGAAAGCUGCCCUGGCAAACAGUGAAAUCGAGCACAAAGCUGAAGCUAAGAAGAAAGCCAUCCCUCGUAAAGCUGCUGGGCAGUCUUGGGAGGACCCAACUCUUGCAGAAUGGCCAGAAAAUGAUUAUCGCCUAUUUUGUGGUGAUCUUGGUAAUGAGGUGAAUGAUGAUGUCCUUUCAAAAGCAUUUUCACGAUUUCCUUCCUUUAACAUGGCCAGAGUCGUUAGAGAUAAGAGGACUGGCAAAACCAAGGGCUUUGGAUUUGUUAGCUUCGCCAACCCUUCUGACCUGGCUGGAGCACUCAAGGAAAUGAAUGGUAAAUAUGUGGGAAAUCGGCCAAUCAAACUUCGCAAAAGUAACUGGAGGGAGAGGAUAGAUUAUGACGCACUAGACAGACAAAAGAACUACAGUCAGAAGAAACCAAAGCUUUCGAAGAAGAGUAUUUUGCACAAGUGA